UGCUGCUCACUCAGAUGACGAAAAUGGCGGACAACUGCUCGUCGGUCGAGAUUGUUGAGGGCUGUCGCCUCCCCGUUCUUCGUAAAAACCAAGAACACGAAGACGAAUGGCCAUUGGCUGAAAUUCUGAGUGUGAAGGAGGUGUCUGGGAGAAAGCUCUACUAUGUUCACUACAUUGACUUCAACAAGCGUCUGGAUGAGUGGGUCACAGCGGACAGGCUGGACAUGAAGAAGCUUCAGUUCCCUAAGAAAGAAGCUAAAACUCCAACCAAGAAUGGUCUUCCAGGCUCCCGUCCCAGUUCUCCAGAGAGAGAAGUGAGGAAGAGUCUAGAUCUCAACCUACAAUCUGCUACAGCUCCUUCCAGAGGCAAAACCCUCCCCACACCGCUGUCGGGUCAGACUGAACUGCAUGGAAAUCCAGAUAUAAACACCCAUGACACAAUAAAGGAAGAUGAUGAUCCAGUCGUGCAGAUCAAAUCUGGAAGUGGUUUAACAAACAGUGUAUCCAAAUGUUUGUCAGGUGCACGAACUGGACUUGUCAAGCCACAUUUCAGCUUCAAGUCUUUCAAGAAAAGGAAGGUAGAGGCCGUCCCUUUGGCGACUCAGGUAUCCCCGGUCACCCCCGUGUCCUCCCUGCCAAGUUCAGCUGAAGCCUCUCAGGCAUCUGUUUUUCCUGCUGUGAGGGACACCAACACCUUCAAGUCCCGUGAAGACCAUGACCAGCUCUCCUCACUCACAACAAACGGCACUGCCCGACGACUCAUCCCCGCUCAACCUGGCAGGAAGAGGAAAGCGAACUGUGGGGGAACUGAUGAGAUGAUAAAGGUUUUGCAGUAUAACAAACCCCAAAGUGCCAGUGUCUUUCUCCCACCACCAGAGGAUUCCCAGGACAGUUCGGAUGGCAUCCCGUCUGCACCCCGCAUGACGGGCAGUCUGGUGUCCGAUCGCAGCCACGACGACAUUGUCACCCGGAUGAAAAACAUAGAGUGUAUAGAGCUAGGACGUCACAGACUGAAGCCCUGGUACUUCUCACCGUACCCACAGGAACUCACCGCGUUGCCCAUCCUCUACCUCUGUGAAUUCUGCCUCAAGUACCUCAAAAGCCUCAAGUGUCUCCAGAGGCAUUUGACAAAAUGUAAUCUGAGACAUCCUCCAGGCAACGAGAUCUACCGCAAAGGCACCAUCUCAUUCUUUGAGAUUGACGGCAGGAAAAACAAAACGUAUUCCCAGAACCUGUGUUUACUCGCUAAGUGUUUCCUGGAUCACAAAACCUUGUACUAUGACACGGAUCCUUUCCUCUUCUAUGUAAUGACAGAGUAUGACUCCAAAGGCUUCCACAUAGUCGGCUACUUCUCUAAGGAAAAAGAGUCAACUGAAGAUUACAAUGUUGCCUGCAUCCUGACCUUGCCUCCCUACCAGCGGAGAGGCUAUGGGAAACUGCUCAUUGAGUUCAGUUAUGAGCUUUCCAAGGUCGAAGGGAAGACAGGCACUCCAGAGAAGCCACUUUCGGACCUUGGUCUUUUGUCCUAUCGGUCCUACUGGUCCCAGACCAUCUUGGAAAUUCUCAUGGACCUUAAACCCGACAAUGGAGAAAGGCCGCAGAUUACCAUCAAUGAGAUCAGCGAGAUCACAAGCGUGAAGAAAGAAGAUGUCAUUUCAACGCUUCAGUACCUCAACCUAAUCAACUAUUACAAGGGUCAGUACAUCCUGACUCUUUCAGAAGACAUUGUGGAGGGACAUGAAAGAGCGAUGCAGAAGAGACACUUGCGCAUAGAUCCUAAAUGUCUUCACUUCACACCUAAGGACUGGAGCAAGAGGGGCAAGUGGUAGAGUCCCAGCCCGGUUCACAGAAUACCCUCCCCAGCUGCCAGAUCGCAGACCUGAAGCAAGCGGUGGAUCAGAUAAAGGUUUUUGUCAAGCUGUCUCAUCAAGAACCUCAACGCUGUAUUGAGAAGCGCAAGCUUUUGUUGUGAAUACACAUCACAUAUUGGGAAUAUAAACACUCAGACUUGGGGACAAAAGAGAGACAGUGACACAAAAAAGACUUUCAGAGACAACACACCUUCUACUGUGUGAAAGACCCAGGUUAUGGUCGAAACAGUGUGUUAAAAGUGGGAUAUAGUGUCUGUUUAAAAGUGUAAAUUAAAGCCUAAAUGACAAAUGUAUAGACCGCCUAAUGCCACCUAAUGAGAACAAGAUGGUGGUUUCAUAGAUACAAAUCUCGAGUUCUGCACUGAAUUUCUUGGAAGGAACCACAGAGGAGAUUUCUCUUCCUAAAAUUCAACAAGGGAGGUUUUUUUCUGCUUUGACCAGCACAAGUGUAAGUGUGUUUUUGCCUAUAUUAUUUUUUAUCUUCCACAAGAAGAAGCAGAAUUAAAAUGUUGUCAUCAGAAUUAUUUAUGUAUCCCAAAAAGAUUUUUAAUGGUGAACAAAGACCAACAGAACUCCUUCUGUUACUUUAUCCAGAAAAAUCACUUUAUUUUUUUUCAUACAACUCAUAUUUAAGAAAAUUUAGUUGAUGGAAUUAAUGGAUUAAUUAUGGAUUAAACAAACAGGACGACUAACAUCUGAACAACACAACAUUUAGUCAUCACUUUCCAUACGAAGGGCAGAGGUUUCAAAACCUCUCUCGAAUGCAUGUAGUUUUGAAAACGAUACCUACUGACGAACAGACGAUGGUUACAUUUACAUUGUACCUAUUAAUGACUGGAUGUGAUACGUAUUGUGAGUUUGUAAACAAGGAAAAGGUGCAAGGAAUCAAAGUUCUGUUGCGGAAGUGAGAUGAGUUGUUCACAAAGGUUCUGAAGACACAGUCAUUUUCUGUUUACUGUAUUUCUCAUAGAGUGCCUGACUUUUAAUGUCCCUCCACUAACAGGGAGAGCAGAAAUGUGCAGGUAGUUCCCUCCUAUAGGCUUUGGGUUAUUUUUAGUGUAAACAGGCAGAACUGUUUGGAUAUAGACAAACAAAUUCAAAACCUACAGUUGUAACGUUGCUUCAGGACCUACACUCAGUCAGUUCAACUUUGUCUUUUACAAUAGUAGCUCUGUUUUUCAUUUCCCUAUAUUUUAAAUAGUUGGAAACAUUUAUGCUCUUUGUUUGUGAUCAUUCAGGUGAAUAUUUCUUCCUUUUUCUCCAGAUAAAAUCCCCUGUCACGAUCACCUGUACACAGUGUGCAAUGAGACAAAUCAAAUCCCCAAGUUAAACAUAUGUUCCCUGUAACUGUACAUACUGAACCUGAUCGUAAAAAAGAAAAAAGAAAAAAAAAAACAA